GGGAAAUGUUUCGUUCUGUCUUUGAUUUUCACGAUAUUAUUAAUUGUCGUGAAUGGCUCGGUUGUUACAGACAGCGAAGCAUCCCAGUGUUCAAUGCGGGAUGCCCGUACUUGUCAUCAAUACGUCUCGAUACGAAAACGCAACAUAACGUGCCAAGUUUCCAAGAAGUUCAACAAUUGUGAUCAACUUUGUCACGCUGGGAAAUGUAACAUGUCAUGCACGGCGCCGGACGAUUGUCGGCAACGUUGCUAUGCCGGUGCAUGCGAUUUGCUUGAAUGUACGUCACGGAAAUGCAGACAGCAUUGCUUACGCAGCAAAUGCAAUCUGAAAUGCAACAGUGAAGAGUGCAAUCAGGAAAGUAACGUCGCUGGUUCUACGAUGACUUGCAAGCCAGGAACCAAGCGUUGUUUGCAAACAUGCAAAGCUGGGAAAUGCAUCAUGAAUUGCCCGUCUGGCGUCAAGUACUGCAAGCAAACUUGCAUCUAUGGAAGUUGCAUCAUGCACUGCAAGGCUCAAAAGUGCGCAAGAUCGUGUAGGGAGGGAAAGUGCAUUUAUGACUCCAAACCACAGCSACCCCGCAGUAAAGUCUCGACUAUCAAAAAAUGCAAUUAUGGAUAUGUGAACAAGACGUGCUACCAAGAAUGUAUCCAUGGUAACUGUGAUAUCAUUACCAAUGAUGUCAAUAGUAAUAACAGUCAAAUUUGUUUUGGAGGUCACUGUAACAUGGACUGUACCGAUAAACAUAAGUGCACUCARGUUUGCAUCGGUGAAGGAUGCCCAAAGCUUACUUGUACAUCGGGUGUCUGCCUACAAGAGUGUGUUCAUGGAGGUUGUGAAAUGGAAUGCGUAUCAGCAGAUAUAUGCAGUCAAAUUUGCAGAGGAGGGAAUUGCUCAAUGAAAUGCUUGAACACACAUACCAAGACCUGUCAGCAAUACUGUACUGGGGGUAACUGCAAAAUGCAGUGCAAUGCAGAAAG